CCAAAUCGAUUCCCAAAGCUCAAAGAACAAAUAAUUUUAUAGCGCAAGCUGUACCACAACAACCUGAGAUUCGAUUGAAUUCGCCAAAUUGCCUACCAGUCACCACGAUGAUACUGAGAAGAUCGCGCGCCAGGUUGGGGGUUUGAUUACGAUUGAUCUUUGUUCAAGAGGAUGAGCUUCAGGGAUGAUAGUGAAGAUGGGAGGGACAUCAGGAAGCCAUUUCUGCACACGGGGAGUUGGUAUCGAAUGGGUUCCAGACAAUCCAGUUUGAUGGGUUCGUCUCAGGCUAUUCGUGAUAACUCCAUCUCUGUUGUUGCUUGUGUUCUCAUCGUUGCUUUGGGCCCUAUCCAGUUUGGUUUCACGGGAGGGUAUUCAUCACCGACCCAAUUGGCAAUAACUCGGGAUCUUGGACUUACUGUCUCAGAGUAUUCUUUAUUUGGUUCUUUAAGCAAUGUUGGUGCUAUGGUUGGGGCCAUAACCAGCGGUCAGUUGGCUGAGUAUAUUGGCCGGAAAGGGGCCUUAAUGAUUGCUGCAAUUCCCAAUAUCAUAGGCUGGCUUGCUAUAUCAUUUGCAAAAGAUUCGUCUUUCCUUUACAUGGGGAGGUUACUGGAAGGUUUUGGCGUGGGAAUAAUCUCUUAUACGGUCCCCGUUUAUAUUGCUGAAAUUUCACCCCAAAACUUGAGAGGAAGUCUUGGUUCAGUCAAUCAGCUAUCUGUUACCUUGGGAAUAAUGCUGUCUUAUCUGCUGGGACUAUUCGUACCAUGGAGAAUACUUGCAGUAUUAGGAAUUUUGCCUUGUACAAUAUUGAUACCUGGAUUGUUUUUCAUCCCAGAAUCUCCAAGAUGGCUGGCAAAGAUGGGAAUGACAGAGGAGUUUGAAACAUCUUUGCAAGUUCUUCGUGGGUUUGACACAGAUAUUACCGUUGAAGUAAAUGAAAUCAAGAGAUCUGUAGCUUCAGCCAACAGAAGAAGAACUAUUAGAUUUGCUGAUCUGAAGCAGAGAAGAUACUGGUUGCCUUUAUCGAUUGGCAUAGGAUUACUUAUCCUGCAGCAACUGAGUGGAAUUAAUGGCGUUUUAUUCUACUCCAGUACCAUCUUUGCAUCCGCCGGUAUUACCUCAAGUAAUGCAGCUACAUUUGGCCUUGGCGCUAUCCAGGUUGUUGCCACUGCAGUUACAACGUGGGUGAUCGACCGAGCCGGACGUCGUCUUCUACUUAUUAUCUCCUCUGUUGGAAUGACUCUUAGCCUUUUGAUUGUUGCUGUGGCAUUCUUUCUGAAGGACGCUGUCUCUGAGGAUUCCAGUUUGUAUAGUAUAGCGGGGAUCGUGUCGGUAGUUGGAGUUGUGGCCAUGGUUGUCACUUUCUCUCUGGGUGUUGGAGCAAUUCCAUGGAUCAUAAUGUCUGAGAUUCUUCCUGUGAAUAUCAAGGGUCUUGCUGGUAGUAUAGCAACACUAGCCAAUUGGUUUAGCGCAUGGGCAGUCACAAUGUCAGCGAACCUGCUCUUACAAUGGAGCAGCGGAGGAACAUUCACAAUUUACUUGGUGGUGACUGCUUUCAUGGUGCUAUUUGUUACACUUUGGGUUCCUGAGACCAAAGGCAGGACCCUUGAAGAAAUCCAAUUUUCCUUUAGAUGAAUCCUUUCUUUUCUUUUCCUAUUUGAUUUAUUAGUUAGGAAGAGAAGGGCAUGGUCUGCUUCCGUUCUCAUUUUGCAAGCAUCAAACAACAAGUCUCCUCUUUGGCUCUUUCAUCAUUCCAUAUUUUUGCAAUCUGUUUUUGCAACUCUUUGGCCAAUAAUUGUUUAUAUUAUUUUAUUACAUUAAAUUCUAUUUUAUGUAUUUCUUGUUUUUCUUC